AUGUCUUCUUCGUCGGAAAUGCCUUAUCGUCGUCGGUCGUCUCAAUACUCUCUCUUCCCUAUUUGCUCUCCGGUGCCAGAGGAUGAGAUGCUGGAGGACCCGACACCAGAUACCAAUGUUGUUGGCAUUUUGAAGAAUCAUCGCUCAGAAAGCCCGGUUUGGAUCCUCGCAAAUUCAGCAGCUCCCGUGGUGAAGACAAACGACUUCCAAUCGACAACAAACAAAAAUCUUCCCGCUUCCAGCGCCCGAGCCGAGAAAGACCCAUCGCACGAUAUGGCUCGACUUAUUCCCCUAAGACUUAAAGCUACCCUGGCUUCACCAGCCCUAGACAAACCUCUUCCUCUGUUACCUGCAAGGCGCAAGUCUCCUCCACCUCCUGCGCAGAAGAAAAGUCGACCCGGCUCAGUGACAAACCUGAAGCUAUUGCCCUACACGCCGAGGGAGUGGAGCGCAGUUAUGGAGGAAGUCAAGGGGCUGUAUUCAAAGGGCCAAUACAAGAGAUGUACGAUGCGAUGCAAGCAAAUCCUCGAAGGCAUCAAGGAUCCUUACAAAAUACACCCGUUCUAUUCCAUCUACCUUUCCUUCUUCGCGGCCAGCUCCUUGGAAAUGACAGCCAGUACGCUGCCUAAUCACUCCAGCACCAAACUCCUCCUCUACCAGGAAUCCCUCGCGCUCUACCAAGUGGCUUUGCAGUUCAUUGAGCACGCCUCCUCUAGCUCAGAUCAUAACUCGGACCUCGCAUCCCACCAAACCGCCAAAUGCGGCCAUGUUCGUCACUCCUCGGUGGCCUCCAUCUCGCCCUCCUCCAUCUCGUCCGUCUUCUCAUCUGCCUCGGCAUCGUCCCUCUUCUCCACCGCUUCGUCUCUACCAGACUCCCCGACAUUCAAUGAAGAAGUUAUGAAGCGUAGCUACCCCCCCUCCUCGUCCUUCUCCUCAGAGGAAGAGAGCGAAUGCCCCGGACGUCGUUCCAGCCCCAGACGCCGCAAGAAGAAAGUCUCCUUCUCACUGAAUCUGCCGACGGUAUCCUCCGAGUCCGAGUCAGCCAUCCUCCGCACUAUAGACAUCGCGUUCGACGAGUCAAUCCUCCUCUCUUCGUUCCCUUCCCCGCCGCCUAGUGCUGCUGCGGCGGAGGAGCAGGCGCGUGAUCCGACGCUCAUGUCGCGAUCCCCCCCACCGGCGGAAACAACCUCAGCCCCCAAGACGGUACCAACAUCCAAAUCGGACCAUCUCCCCGCGCGACCAAACUCUCCCUACCUCUCGCACCUCGCCGCCGACCUGAAAUCUCAGCUCGAGUACCACGUCUCUUCCAUCCACGCCCAAAUCUCCUCGCUCCCGAAGACCGACACCCAUACCGAGACCAGGCAAUCGCUUCGCGCUGACACGGCAUCUGCGCGGUACUCACGCGCCGCUCCGGGCACGAAACGGAGCGAGGACGCAGGAGAAGGCGCUAGUAGCGAGAAGGAGAAGACGGAGGAGCUAAGGGCGAGGAUCGAGCGGCUGAAGAGGGACGGGUGGCAGCGCAAGAGGUUCGAUGGGGAGAGGUAUCGAAAGCUGUGCGACAGGGCACUUGAGGAAGUUGACGGCCGGGCCGAUUUCGGAUAG